AGGACCAGGUGGUCUAACCAGCUCCAAUUAAGGGAGGUGAAUUGGAGCUGGAGUGACAGAGGGCUGGCUCAGCAGUUCCUGCUCAGUGCCCUGUCACAGCAUGCAAAAGACAGCUGGCGGUGAGCUGGAAGAAGGGCAGAAACAGGUUGUAGGAUAUUCUGCACACUGUGGGCAAAAUGCUCCCUGCCGUUCUACAGCAGAGGGGAUCUCUCAUCUGCCGAUCACAGCAGAAAAGGAUGAAGACAAUUAAUUGUUACUUGCUGUUACUUUGCUGGAAAGCAAUUUGUGGUAAUAUCUGUGAGCUGUCCAAUAUCACCAUAGCAGUGGAGAAGGAGGAGUGCAAGUUCUGCAUUAAUGUGAAUGCCACUUGGUGCUCUGGAUACUGCUUCACAAGGGAUCCAGUGUAUAAGUACCCACCGGCAUCAUCAGUUCAGCAAACCUGUACUUUCAAGGAGCUUGUUUAUGAAACAGUGAAGAUCCCUGGCUGUGCUGACCAUGCUGAAUCGUUUUAUUCAUACCCAGUGGCUACAGAGUGCCAUUGUGAGUCAUGUGAUAUUGACAACACUGACUGCACUGUGAGAGGCUUAGGACCAAGCUACUGCUCCUUCAACCAAAACCAAAGCAAAGAAUAAGGAGAACUGAAGAUGUUAGUCUAGUUUUGGUUUUCUGUUUUAAAUAUGUAAAUGUAUUGUAUUAAAAUGGUACAAAGAGGGAGGGACAGCAAAUGAAGAAAUUUACAUACAGCCAAGUUUAAAACAAUUAGCAAUAUAUAAAAUGGAGAGCUACAUCUUA